AUGAUCAUUAGGCUAAUACUAAAUCUAGUGAUGUUGCAGAGCAUUCUUACAAGAGUUAAUAUGGCAGACAUAAAGACAGUUAGCGAGACUUUAGUUGGCGAGAAGCAGGACGUGUUUAUUAACACAAAAGGUCCAUUAAAUUUACUCCGUGGAUAUAUUGAACACCAAAGCGGAUAUAUGUACAACAAGCGAUUUUAUUCAUCUGAAAUAGACACAGACUAUGCAUUGACCAAGAGAGAAAAACCUAGCCCAGACUCUAUUCAGCGCUAUACAUUUACAAGGACACCUGUCAAUGAUAGGGUAUAUAAAGACUUUAAUACAAAAACACCAGAAGGCAAGUAUCUUAGUACCUAUCACAUGCAGUUAAUAAAGAUGUUUCCGUCAGCAGAUGGAAGUCUUUCCAUUGAGGCAGGCAGGUCAAAUGCACUUACAAACUUUCUAAGAGCAGAACAUGUUAAGAAAGACACAAAGUAUAUUCUUGCAGCACUUCUUCUUCUCUCAGAAGGCGUUGAAAUUAAAAUAGAUGUAGACCAUACGGGAGAAAAAAAGAAGCUUGUCAUAAAAAGUAAGACAAACAAGGAGAAAGUGUUUGUGAAUGUGGACAUGUAUAUAGCAGGUACAGACCCAGUCACUAAGGAGCAUAAAGAGAAUAUCUAUCAAAGCGAAGCAGCAGAAAUUGUCAAAUUCUAUAUACGGUGCAGAGACAAUCCACUUCUAAAGAAAGAUGGCGAGUUUGCAAUACCUUCCACUAGAGAAGAGUUUGAAAGUGGCUUAUUUCUGAACAGCGCAGCUUUCCUCAUACAAACGUAUAUAUAUGAGUUCAUUGACACAGUAGAAAGCUACAAGGACCUUGUGAAUGCAGUGCAUGAACUACUGGUUGAUCAAGUAGUUAAAAAGGAGAAUCCCGAACAGACGAAGAAGAAGAGCAAGAGCAGCAAAAUAUUUGAUGAGCUCUUCCUGGCAAAAGAAGCAUUUGAUGAAAAUAUAAAGUACAUUGCAUCUUUCACGGACCUUAUAAAAACCACAAAUGAAGAAGCUAAAUUUCCCUUCUGCAAUGAUAGUCAGCUGCCGCAGUACACUAAAGUGCCGCUUUGUAAAUUAGACAAGUCUGGCUUUGAGUUAGACGAAUCCUUAAAAUACAGUAACUGUGUAGAGUCAGCCCUUCUUGGACUGUUCUGCUGUCUGGCAUACAAUCCAGAGACAAAAGAGUAUGAAACCGAUCACAUGGGAGAAAAAAUAAGUGAUGAGUUGAGAGACUUCUUUAAAAAGUAUCCUAAGCCAACUGACAUUAUUAACAUUGAAAUGCACAAGGAUUGGUGUAUGGUUGUUGCCUGUUUGGAUAGUGAUGAUAUUGACUAUAAAAGCAAUAAAAACGAGAUUCUAUCUGGGCUUGAAAAUGUAUUUCUGGUAAUUGCAGAAAUAACAGGCCAGAAGGAAGAAGCAAUGGAGCUAGUUGAGCAUAUAAAAGCUGCAUGCGAAAAUUCAGAAUUAGAUGAAAAAACAACAGAAUGUAUUGCAAAUAAGAUAGAAUCUAUCAUUACAUCACUAUCUAAGAAUAAGAAUGUAAAAGUAAACUGCGAAAAAAUGGAACUUACCACAAGAUCAAGUAAUAAGCCAGAUGUUUCUCUUAAAAUUGAAAUUUCUUAUGUAUUUGAUGGAGCAGAGAAUGGAAUUGCUUUGUCUGUAGAAGCUGGGCAUAGCAAGGUUCAGGUUCUUUCACUUCCAAUAGCUAAUUCUGAACAAAUUAAAGAAAAGUAUAAAGAAGUAAAAAACAUUUAUAACAAAGUAGACAACUAUACAGGAUACAUUGUUACUAAGUAUGUUGAAGCAAGAUUGAAAGUUUUGGGAAAUACAGACUAUAGUAUCUUAGAUAACUGCAAGAAUAGCAUAAAAGAAAUCUUACAAGGUGAUUCUGAGAGCUUAUCUAAAAUAUUCUUAUUAGAUAAGAUUAUUGACAGUGACAUUAAGGCUUAUAUUAUGGAGCAGUUUAUAGCCUGUACUAUAGAUAAAGAGAUAGCCACAACCAAUGCUGUAGCAUGCUUUACAGCAAAUAUUCUAGGAAGUUCUUCGCUUGGUAAUACUCUAGCUAGGCGUAAAAUGGUACAAUUCUUCCCAAUGCAUACAAGAUGGCAGGAAUACUAUCCAAAGCUUGGGUUUAAGCUAGGUGAAAAUCUGCCAAAUUUAGACAUUACAAACCGCCAUUCUAGAAUACAGGAUUUUUUAGAUGCAAUAGUAGCAUGGCCAGCACCUAUCACAGUCAAGGCCUUAUGCAACUACCUUAAAGUAAGUAUUAAAAAUGCAGAAAUGAUGGGAUAUUUACUAAAAAACUUCAUAUCUGCCAAAAGCCUAUUUAAUCAUAUUGUGGGUGAGGGGGCAGUAGACAACUUAGUGAAAUUUCACUCCCUUAUUAAAGAUUCAGAAAAGCUCACUUAUUUAAACUCUACGUAUGUUUCUUGGUUUAUCUAUACAUGUGUGGGCGAACAGGUGUUUUCACCAGAGUUUAUUAAGACAGUCUACAGCUAUAUACUCCUUGAUGAUUUGCCGAGUACGAAUGAACUUAAAAGAUUAGGGUUUUCUACUAAUGAUUUUGAAAAAUGCUUAAAUGUUUUAGAAGAAAAGAAAACUCUUCUAUGCUCAGAAGAUGACGCACAAAGCGAAGAAAACCAUGAUAAACUAGUAUUAUACUUUGAAAUAGCUAUGUACUAG